CAGACAAUACUCCUAGCAACACCGAUUACCUCCCCAACAUCAGUCUCGCCAAUAUUUUAUCUUGUGGCAUGUCAAACAAAUCUCCCGAAAGAAGUGUGCCGACAUACUUAUCUCACAGGGAACGCGCGUACUCUGCACCUUAAACGCAUCUUCAUCAUCAUCAUCAUCAUCAUCGAUCGUCUGCAAAAGAUAGCCUGUAAAACAAAAACAUACCUCCGACGAAAAAUGACCUAAGCUGCAGGUAGUAGAGCGCACCCGAUGGAGGUAGACUAUACAACUACUAUAAAAUUAAAAUUCGACAGUUGUCACCAUCGCAUUAGUGCACUGCUCGCCUCUCAGUGAGAUUUGGUCCUUUCUCAAAGCAUAGUUGAAUCGUCGAGUCGAGUCGAGAGGAACCUUCCUCGGUUUGUGUCCCCGCGUGGUAUCUAUAUUUCGGGGUGUCGUUCUUUUAGACUCGACCAAUGGACGAAAAACUUAUCCCACGUGUGGAUGUUGUUUAUCUAACGUACAAUUGCGAACGGUUACAACCUUCGAUUUCGCUAGAUAAUGUGUGUACGAUAAGUUUGUACGAGCUGAGAAAGCAUCGUGAGGCAAAGAAAAAUCAACAAACAAAGAUGAGCAUCGAUGCCUAUAAACAUUACAAAUGGUACAACUCAGUUCUAACGGAUCUACUAAAAUCUCGUGGCGGUCCCGAAUCAAUGCUAAAAACCUUCCACUGGUACAUCGAAUCAUCAAACGUGGAAGCUUUUAAAGCGAAAGGGGUCCUUUUCGAGGCGGUCUCGCUGAUCAUCUGCGAGGAACUUGAACAUUGGUAUUGUGCGAAACAAAAUGAGAGUUUACACGGCAGCCGUAUCCGAAUUAGCAAUAGUCCGAGUGAUUGCGAGUCCGUCCGUCGAGCCAAAGUUAGAUUAAUCGAUUGUAUGAACUCACCAGAAGUGCCUCGUGCCACCAGCAGGAACCAAAGAAACGGCUGUCCCAGAAGACUAUCGCUCGGUACAAUUAUCGAGGAGUAGAGUAAUGACGGAAUCGGUGAUAUCUACCAUAACAUUGUGCAGUGUUGACAUUGUAACAGUAUUUUAUUUAUGUUGCACGAUCUAAAAUUUCAUACCGUUUUUUCGAAGGCUUUUGCCUUCAUUUAGAGUUUACUCUAUUUAGCUAAUUCAUAUUGAAAAAAACUCAACUUCUGAUGACCAUAAUGGGAAAAUAAAAAUAACAUAAUACUUUUGUACGAAAGAAAAUUAUUCAACACAUAUAGAGCAAUCAAAUAAA